AUGAAACACGCGAAACCGUCAGAGAAAGACCCGAUUCUUAUGAAUACGGAGUCUUCAUUGUUAGGAGGCUCGUGGGUACCAAUAUACCUGUCACCUGUGGACUUUGACGGAUCGCAUUUCUUACAUGCCAUGGCAAACUUGAUCAAAGAGCCUAAUAUCAAUUCUACAGUCAUCAUGAGAGCCGAUUUCUUGAGUGAAACAACAUACGAGAAUGAUGGAGAAACAAUAAAAUCUUCCUACGUCCACGACAAGGCAGAUGAGAUCCCAGAAUUCUCAUCCACUGAUGAUUCAGAUGAAGUUCUUUUACAUAGAUACUUACUGGAUGUAUCAUUACGAGAGGUCCCAUUGGCAGACUGUGAUUUCCCUCUCAAGCGAAAGACCGAGGUUGUGCGGCGUAUGAUUCCCAGGAAUCCUUUCAAAGAUCAUAUUAUCAACCAAACUUGUUUGGUUAUGACUAGUGAAGGAGAUCAAGAAAAGAAUCCUUCAGUACUUGUAGUAUACGUCCCACAUCUCGAAAAUAGUGAAGAGAUUCCAUUUUACCUCCCACCAGUAUAUGGGGUUGGUAUUUUAUUGCAUGAAGGUUCUCUUUCCAUUCAUUACCUUCCAUUUAACUAUACAAACCCAGAAUCCAUUACCCAACUCCGAAAUUUGGAGAAUACAAGCAGACCAGUUAGAAUUGCCCUUAGGCUACUUCAAACUUCGAGUAAACAUUCAUUGGGUGCCAAGGAUGGUUAUGAGAAAAGGGUCAAUCACGACGUUGUUGUACCCAAGAUUGCAUUCCAAAAUAGAUAUAUAAGUCUCAAGAAAAAAUACUCAUCCAAACUUGUUAAUCUGUGGGUAGAGAGUACCGAUCCCAAGAAACAUGUUUUUGAAGAUUUAGCUAUUGCAGCCUUUUUAAUUGAACUCUGGUCCAUGAAAUAUCUGUCGAAGGACGAAUUUGAAUAUAGAGAUUUAGGAUGUGGGAAUGGACUUUUGGUGUACAUCCUCCAGAUGGAAGGUUACAAGGGUCAAGGGAUUGAUGCAAGAGCUCGUAAGUCCUGGAAGACUUACCCACAAGAUGUACAAGAUAAUUUGUUAGAACAAGUUGUCAUUCCAAGUAUAUUAUUGAAACCUCAUCCAGCAGUCUCCAAAUUAGCCCCCCAUGUUCGUGAUAAUGGUAGACUUUUCCAAGUUCCUGAAGUUUCUCCACCUACAGCUGUCAAUGCAGUACCAUUGGUAAGUUAUUACUCACUGGCAAACCUUCUUGAAUCGACCCAAGUUUGCACUACUGAGGAAUUCCCACCCAACACAUUCAUAAUUGGGAACCACUCAGACGAACUUACCUGUUGGAUUCCACUUCUUGGAUUCCCAUUUGCCGUUAUUCCUUGUUGUUCACAUGCUCUUCUGGGAGCGAAAAAGAGAUACCCUGCGGCAAAGUUACUGCCUGAAUUGAAACGGGCAAAAACUACUAGUUCCAAGGGUCAAGCCCAAAAUUCAUCUACAUAUGGAAGCUUAGUCGACCAUGUUGAAGAACUUUCAAAGCGAAUGGGAUGGAAGGUAGAGCGUGAAAUGCUCCGAAUUCCAAGUACAAGAAAUGCGGCAUUGAUAGGUAUGUCGAAGUUACCACAAUUUUCAGAAGAACCAAUUGAAACGACACAAACAAGAGUUAUGGAUAUUUUGGCACUUGAAGGAGGUGCUGAAGGUUGGGUAGAAAACACAAUGGCACUUAUGAAGAAGAAUCCACGUAACCAUUAA